AUGGAUCAUUGCUUGUCACUGGCUUUUUUGGUGCCCUUUGAUCCAGUUUCUCCUGAGGAAUGGGAACACUUCAAAUUGGAAUACAACAAAACCUACCAGAAUGCAACGGAGGAUCUUUACCGCCAGCAGAUCUUCCAGGAGAACAAGAUACAGAUCGAUCUUCACAACCAGCGAUUCAAAGAAGGUGAAGAGACCUUCAAUAUGUCGAUAAACCAGUUCACCGAUUUGAAAGACGAAGAGUUUUACCAGGAUCAUAUGUUAUCUAGUGACUUUGACUAUGAGUUUGAUAAUGAUUACAAUAACACAAAUCACCGAGAGAAGCGGGAUAUAACGAAUUACUGGCCGAUUCCCAGGGCAAUAGAUUGGCGUUACUGGGGCGCAGUGACGCCGGUCAAGAAUCAGGGUCGAUGCAAAAGUUGCUGGGCUUUUGCCGCCAUUGGAGCCUUGGAAAGUCUGCAGUUCCGACAGACUGGCAACCUAAUCGCUCUUUCCGAGCAAAGUUUGAUUGACUGUACGUUUAGCCAUGGGAACCAUGGAUGCGAUGGUGGAACGCCGAAAAGAUCCCUGAAAUACGUAAUCAAAAAGGGCGGCGUUCCCUCCGAGCAAAAGUAUCCUUACAAGGCCAAGGAUGGUUAUUGCCACCGGAGAUCCAGGGUUACGAUUUUGGGACCUGGAUUCCAGAAAGUGACCUACGGCGACGAAAGAAUGCUGGCCAGAGCUGUGGCCAACCAUGGACCCGUCGCCGUAUCCCUGGACGCCUCACCCAGAUCCUUCAAGUCGUACUCCUCGGGAAUUUAUGAGGAUCCCGCUUGCGAAGGAAGAAAGUUAACACACGCUGUAGUAGUCAUUGGAUACGGAACCGAUCCGUCCGGAAGGGACUUCUGGCUCAUAAAGAACUCUUGGGGCACCAAGUGGGGAAUGGGGGGCUAUAUGAAGAUGCUGCGCAACGCGGGAAACCUGUGCGGCAUCGCCACCAAAGCUUACUACGCACCAUAUUUAUAUUAA